AUGUCUAUCUUGGUGCGUCUCGCGCGCCCUUUAUCACGGACGACCACUCGGACCGUCCUUUCCGGCUCUUCUGCCACUGGACGAAGGUCAAUUGGCUCCGUCAGUGCAAUCGAUUCGAGCAUAUUCCGUACCUUGUUCGGAACCGAUGAGAUUCGCAAGGUCUUCGAUGAUGAAGCAUACAUCCGCCGCUGCGUUGAUGCAGAAGCUGCAUUGGCUCGAGCACAGUCCCAGUGUGGUGUGAUUCCGUCUAAAAUCGGAGCUCUUGUUACACAGCGGGUACAAGAAUCAAAUCUCGAUUUUGAGCGGCUGCGUCUCGAGACUGAAAUUGUCGGCUACCCAAUCUUACCGCUUGUCCGUCAGCUGUCAGAUAUAUGUGGUGAGGAGGCUGGGAAGUAUGUGCACUGGGGUGCCACGACGCAGGAUAUUAUGGACCUGGCCAGCGUAUUACAAAUGAAAGAAGGACUGAAUAUUGUCGAGAGACUUUUGAGGGACGUCAUCAAAACUCUGCGUGUAUUAUCCGAGAAAUACAAGGAUACCCCUAUGGCAGGGCGAACACACUUGCAGCAUGCGCUUCCCGUGACCUUUGGAUACAAGUGCGCCGUAUGGCUAUCUGGCUUUCAGCGACAUCUGGAGCGACUAGAGCAGCUCCGAGACCGGACUUUGAUGGUGCAGUUUGGUGGAGCGGCAGGCUCGCUUGCAUCUCUAGGAAAUGGCGACGAUGGCCUCCGCGUACGCAAGGCGUUGGCAAAAGAGCUUGAUCUGACCGACCCUUCGAUUACUUGGCAUGUAGCGCGCGACGGCGUGGCUGAGAUUGCCAAUUUCCUUGCCCUGGUGGGCGGGUCUAUGGGGAAGCUAGCACUGGACAUUAUUAUCAUGUCCUCGAAUGAGCUGAGUGAAGUGGCUGAACCUUUCGUGCCUCACCGGGGAGCAUCAUCGACCAUGCCUCAAAAGCGCAACCCGAUCUCUAGCGAGGUCAUUUUGGCUGCGUCUAAGAUUCUUCGGUCAAACGCGGGUCUUGUUCUUGAUGGAAUGGUCGCUGACUUCGAACGUGCCUCGGGUCCUUGGCACUUGGAGUGGGUUGCUGUCCCAGAGAGUUUUGUUCUAGCUGUUGGAGCCUUGUCUCAAACGCAUUUUGCACUUUCUGGGCUUUCUGUCAAUAGCAAGCAGAUGCUGGAAAAUCUUCACUCUACCAAGGGACUAAUUGUGGCUGAGGCUGUCAUGAUGGGCAUGGCACCAUAUGUGGGCCGCCAGCGGGCGCAUGAUAUUGUGUAUGAGGCCUGUCGGGAAAGCAUUGAGAAGGAACGCACCUUGCUGGAAUGUCUUCUUGAGAAGGAAGAAGUUACGGCCAAGAUGGACCAACAACGUUUGAGCGAACUUUGUGACCCAGUGAACUACUUGGGUGCUUCAUCCCGGAUGGUAGAUGACGUUCUGGCGAUUUAUUGA